UGCCCUAGCAACCAAGCUACCGAGACGCGUGACGGCAGGGUCUCCAGGCCACUGGCUCACGCUCUGGGCUCCCUGUCCCUGCUCGCUUCCGGCACCAUGUCCGUGAGAACGCUACCGCUGCUCUUCUUGAACUUGGGCGGGGAGAUGCUUUACAUCCUAGACCAGCGGCUGCGAGCCCAGAACAUCCCGGGAGACAAGGCCCGCAAAGUUCUGAACGACAUCAUCUCCACCAUGUUCAAUAGAAAGUUCAUGGAGGAAUUGUUCAAACCCCAAGAGCUCUACUCUAAGAAGGCCCUGAGGACAGUCUAUGACCGCCUGGCUCACGCCUCCAUCAUGAGACUGAACCAGGCCAGCAUGGAUAAGCUCUAUGACCUGAUGACUAUGGCUUUCAAAUACCAAGUAUUGCUGUGUCCCCGUCCCAAAGAUGUGCUGCUGGUCACUUUCAAUCAUUUAGAUGCCAUCAAGGGAUUCAUCCAAGAUUCUCCAAGCAUCCUGAAUCAAGUGGAGGAGACUUCCCGGCUGCUGACUGAAGUGUAUGGGAGUCUCCCUGCUGGAGAAUUCCAGCUGAUCCGGCAGACGCUCCUCAUCUUCUUCCAGGACCUACACAUUCGAGUGUCCAUAUUUCUAAAGGACAAAGUGCAAAACUCGAAUGGUCGCUUUGUGUUGCCAGUGUCUGGGCCUGUUCCCUGGGGAACUGAAGUUCCCGGACUCAUCAGAAUGUUCAACCGCAAAGGCCAAGAAGUGAAGACGGUUGAAUUUAGUCACGGUGGCAACUAUGUCACUGCACCCAAAGAAGGUUCUUUUGAACUUUAUGGAGACCGAGUCCUGAAGCUGGGAACUAAUAUGUACAGCGUGAAUCGGCCUGUGGAAACACACACGUCUGGAGCAUCAAAGAAUUUAGCUUCACGGACAGAGGAAAACAUUGCUCCAAACCCUCUUGCUAAAGAAGAGCUGAAUUUCUUGGCCAGGCUGAUGGGAGGAAUGGAGAUUAAGAAACCCAGCGGCCCUGAGCCAGGAUUCCGGUUGAAUCUUUUUACCACCGAUGAAGAAGAGGAACAAGCAGCUUUAACCAGGCCAGAAGAGUUAUCCUAUGAAGUCAUCAACAUACAAGCUACCCAGGACCAGCAAAGGAACCAAGAGCUGACUCGGAUCAUGGGGGAGUUUGAGAUCACGGACCAACCACGAUGGAGUGCCAACAAAGGAGAUGACCUGCUCGCCAUGAUGGAUGAGUUAUAGUGGUGCUGAUCGGGCACACCCUCUACCAUCCUGGGACAGGCUGCCUGGGGAAGGUCUCAAAAUCCAAAACAAUGCUGCUAGUUUUCUAUUGAGUGAAACCCUUGCUGUCUGUUCCUGUUUAUGUUGUAAUGAACUGUGAGCCUCCCAGAGGAAGCACAUUGUCUUGAAGGCACACACUUUACGUAUAUUUUCAGCAAAAUAUAUUACGGCUUUUAAACU